AUGUCGGCUGUUCCUCAACAAGAGCUGCCCCGCCCCGGUGGGUUCCCCGAGAUCAGAUAUAAGCGCUAUGUCCCCAAGAUCGGCCCUUCAGGUCUUGCCCUCUUCUCGGGUAUCACCCUCAUGUGCACGCUUGGACUUUACAGAACCGGCCAGGGUAACCUUGAGCGCAGGGAACUCGAGCGCGAGAAGGUGUGGUCGCGUAUCCAUUUGAUCCCCCUCCUCCAGGCCGAGGCUGACCGUGACACCUACCGUCGCGAGGCUGCUGCCAACGAGCGUGAGGCCGAGGUCAUGAAGAACGUCAAGGGCUGGAAGGCUGGCGAGUCUGUCUACAACUCCAAGCGUUACACCCCACAGACCUUCGUCGUCGUCCCAUAA